GGAGGAUUAUUUGGAGAAGGUGAUGAAGAUUUAAGGGUAGCUAAUGCGUUUCGUUAUGCUGUAUAUAGAGUGAACCAUGAACGAGAUCUGUUACCUCAAACUAGAUUAGUUUAUGAUAUUCAAAAUUUACCUGUUAAUGAUGGAUUUAGAGCAUCCAAAAAAAUUUGUUACCAAGUAGAAUUAAAUACAGUAGCUGUGUUAGGACCUAGGAGUAGUAAUUUAGCUGGGUUUGUUAAUUCAUUAUGUGCCUCAUUACAACUUCCGCAUUUAGAACUGCGUAUGGAUACAAUCGCUAACCCCGCCCCCGGCCUGUCAAUCAACUUGUAUCCUGAUAUAGAAACAUUAAGUAAAGCCUUUAUUGACGUUAUAAGAUAUUAUGGGUGGAAACAAAUGUUAGUUAUUUAUGGAACCAAAGAUGAUUUAUUAAAAGUUCAGUCAGUAAUACGUGGUGCCUACGAUCAAGCGUUUGAGAUUAUGGUACGACAAGUAGACAAGUACAAUAUGAGGAAUGUUUUAAAAGAAUGUAAAGAAAAGAAGUGGACCAAAUUAUUAAUAGAUUUAUCAGUAGAUGACACUGGUUUAUUUCUAAAAAUGGCGCUACAAGAGGGAAUGAUAGAUCCCUACCAUCAUUAUAUUAUUAGCAAUUUAGAUAUAGAAUCUAUAGACAUGGAAGAUUAUCGUCACAACUAUGUUAAUCUGACCGGAUUUAGAUUAGUUAAUCCCCGGGACAGAUUAACACAAGAACUGAUGAAAGAUAUGGAGAUUUACGAAAUGCAAACAGAAUUAAAAUUAUUAAAUAAAAGUGGUUAUUUAUCAGUGCCGCAUGAAGUGGCACUGAUAUUUGACGCUGUAUUUUUACUGGCGCAUGCGCUAGAAGCUUAUGAUCGUGGCGCCGUCUUACGACCUGUAAAUGUUAGCUGUGAUAUCCCCCAACCCUGGUCCUCGGGACCCAGUCUUUAUACAUAUUUAACUCAGGUAUCAAUGCGAGGUAUGACCGGUAAUAUCAAACUACAGAAAGGUAGAAGAUAUGAUUUUCAGUUAGAUAUAUUACAAUUAAAACCUCCAGGUUUACUCAAGUCAGGAACGUGGAAGUACGACAAGGGAGUUAAUUUUACAUACGUGCCUGGAACUAAGCAUAUGAAUCCAUUUGGAAAUAAAACUUUAGUUGUUACAACGAUAUUGGGUGAGCCGUUUAUAAUGGAGAAGAAGGUAAUUGGUUCAGAUGGUGUUAAAUACGAGGGCUUCUGUAUCGAUUUAUUAAAUGAAAUUGCCAAAAUUGUAAAAUUUAAUUAUUUUAUCGAGAAAGUUCCCGAUGGAAAGUUCGGAUCUAAAGACGAGAAGACUGGUGAAUGGAAUGGAUUAGUCAAACAGAUUAUUGAUAGGAAAGCAGAUCUGGCCGUGGCGCCAUUAACUAUAAGUUACGUUCGUGAACAAGUGAUCGACUUUACAAAACCAUUCUUAAACUUAGGAAUAACAAUUUUAUUUAAAAUUCCAAAAAGUGAAAAACCGGGACUAUUUUCAUUUUUAAACCCGCUUGCAAUCGAGAUUUGGUUGUAUGUGAUAGGGGCUUACUUAUUAGUGAGUUUUACCAUAUUCGUAUUGGCCCGGUUCAGUCCAUAUGAGUGGUAUAAUCCCCAUCCGUGUAAUCCUGAUUCAGAUACAGUGGAGAACACCUUCAACCUGGCCAAUAGUUUCUGGUUUACUGUGGGAACAUUGAUGCAGCAGGGAUCAGACGUGAACCCACGUGCAGUGUCAACUCGUAUCGUAGGUGGCACGUGGUGGUUUUUCACCCUGAUUAUAAUAUCCUCAUAUACAGCUAAUUUAGCUGCGUUUUUAACAGUAGAAAGAAUGGUGUCGCCCAUAGAAAGUGCCGAGGAUCUCGCUAAACAAACGGAUAUAUUAUAUGGUACACUUGCUGCCGGAUCUACCAUGACUUUCUUUAGGGAUUCGAAUAUAGAUAUUUAUAAAAGAAUGUGGGCGUUUAUGGAGGAGAAUUCUAAGGAUGUAUUAAUGGACUCCUAUAUUGAUGGUAUUGAUCGGGUCAUGAAAGGAAAUUACGCCUUCUUUAUGGAGUCCACGUCGAUAGAUUACGUCAUACAACGUAACUGUGAGCUAAUGCAGGUCGGAGGGUUACUGGAUACUAAAGGCUAUGGAAUCGGAACACCUAUAGAUUCACCAUAUCGAGAUAAAUUAUCAAUGGCUAUACUUGAAUUACAAGAGAACGGUAAAAUACAGAUGUUGUACAACAAGUGGUGGAAAUCAACAGGUACUUGUAACAAAGACGACCAGAAAGAUCAGAAAGCCAAUGCUCUGGGCGUGGAGAAUGUUGGUGGUAUAUUUGUGGUAUUAAUGGCAGGCUUAGCUCUGGCUGUCAUGGUCGCCAUGUUCGAGUUCAUCUGGAAGUCGAGGAAAAACGCUGAAGAUGAUCGACAAUCCCUAUGUACCGAAAUGGCCCAAGAACUACGAUUCGCCAUCAGAUGUCAUGGGUCAGCUAUUAAACCAAAAUAUAAAAAAGACUGUAAAAAAUGUACAAAAGAUAAAGACCAUGGGGGGCAGGGGACCUCGAACUCGCCGAAUGGCAUCAUUCAAUUAAAGGAAGUUCGGAAAUCGCCGUUACCCGGCCGUGAAUAUGAGACUGAAUUUCGGCCUGGAUAUUCGAAGGAUUUUAAUGGUGAUUAUUUACAUGUGGAUUACAGUGACCAAGAUGCCUGA